AUGGAUAGCUAUGAGGUGAUAGUGUGGAGCUCUCUCUUACUUUCUUCCUUCAUACCCACCAUCACUGCACUGAGCAGUAUCACUCCAAAUCAGCCCUUGCAUCACAAUCAAACCCUGGUUUCAGCAUCUGGAACUUUUGAAGCAGGAUUUUUUAGCACUGGAAGUUCCCAGAGACAUUACUUUUGCAUAUGUUACAAGAAUAUAUCACCUAGAACAAUUGUUUGGGUGGCCAACAGAAACACCCCAUUGGAUAACUCCACAGGGGUUUUCAAAGUCAGUGAUGAGGGGGAUCUUGAUGUACUUGAUGGCACUGGUGCAAGUGUUUGGUCAUCCAAUGCAUCAACCACUGCUCAGAAGCCUAUUGUGAAGCUCUUGGACUCUGGCAACCUUGUUGUGAAAGAUGGUGGUACUAAUGCCCCAGUGAAGGUUGUGUGGGAAAGCUUUGAUUAUCCUGGUGACACUUUACUUCCCGGGAUGAAACUCAAAAGCAGUUUUGUGACAGGAGCACAUAGUUCUCUGACAUCAUGGAGGGACACAGAAGAUCCUGCUCUGGGGGAAUUUUCAUUGUAUAUUGAUCCUCAUGGUUUUCCUCAGAGAGUAACUACAAAGGGAGGGACUUGGUUGUAUAGAGCAGGUUCGUGGAAUGGUUAUCAAUUUUCAGGAGUUCCUUGGCAACUGUUGCAUAAGUUCUUCAAUUACUAUUUUGUGUUAACCAAGGAGGAAGUGUAUUAUGAGUACGAACUCUUGGAACGUUCUGUUGUUACAAGGUUUGUGAUCAACCAAGCAGGUAGCGAUCAACGUUUCACAUGGUCAGAGAGGACAAAGAGUUGGGAGCUGUUUGCCUCAGGCCCCAGGGAACAGUGUGAAAACUAUGCCUUGUGUGGUUCAAAUUCUGUUUGCAAUGUUAAUAGAAACCCCAUAUGUGAAUGCUUGGAGGGUUUUCUUCCCAAGUUCACAGAAAAGUGGAGAUCAUUGGAUUGGUCUGAUGGGUGUGUUCGGAGAAUGAAUCUGAGUUGCGACAAUGAAGAUGGAUUUGUUAAGUAUGAGGGAAUGAGAUUGCCAGACACAUCUUCCUCCUGGUUUGACACAAGCAUGAGCCUUGCUGAAUGUGAGAGAGUGUGUUUGCAAAACUGCUCUUGCACAGCAUACACAAACUUAGAUGUGAGAGGUGGAGGGAGUGGCUGCCUACUUUGGUUUGGUAACAUUGUGGAUAUGGGAAAACAUAUCUCCCAAGGACAAGACAUUUACAUACGAAUUGCUGCUUCGGAUAUAGACAAUACUUGGCAUAAAAGGCACAUUAACAAGAAGCUUGUUGUGAUUUUGACAGCAAUUGCUACGUUCAUCAUAGUCAUAAUAUUAGGAUCAGUCAUAUACAUACGGAAAAAACUUGAGAAGCAAGGAAAGACAAAUACAAUCGACCAGAUAUCUCACACUAUGAAACACGGGAAGAAAGAUAUUGAUUUGCCAACCCUUGAUUUAUCAACCAUUGAUAAUGCCACUCGUAACUUCUGUACCAGUAACAUAUUGGGAGAAGGUGGAUUUGGACCAGUUUACAAGGGUGUUCUGGCAAAUGGACUAGAGAUAGCUGUUAAGAGGCUUUCCAAAACUUCUGGACAAGGAUUAGACGAGUUCAGAAAUGAAGUUGUGUUGAUUGCCAAUCUUCAGCACCGCAAUCUUGUAAAGAUUCUAGGUUGUUGUGUUCAAGACGAGGAGAGAAUCUUGAUCUAUGAAUUCAUGCCUAAUAGGAGCUUGGAUCUUUACAUUUUUG